GCCACAAGCUUUUUUGGACACCAACACUUGAAUGGCAAGUUGAACAAUAUUACUGCUACAUCAGCGCGUAAUUGAAUUCCUCCACCCCACUCGACUUUUGCGACUGACUUGGGAGAACCAUGAUACAAACUGGUCUCAUUCAGAGCGCGCACAAUGAUCUUAUGACAGACGUAGCCUAUGAUUUCUACGGGCUUCGCUUGGCUACUUGCAGUCUCGAUCAGAGAAUCAAAGUUUGGCAACUCAAUGAGAGUAAUGGAAAUUGGAACGUCGAAGACGACUGGAAGGCUCACGACGCUACCGUCUCCAAAAUAAGCUGGGCUCACCCAGAAUUUGGGACCAUACUCGCAUCAGCCUCUUUUGACCGUACGGUCAAGAUUUGGGAGCAAACCAGCUUUACAUCCACAACUGACUCCCAACCGAAUGGUGCUAACGCCGGGUCCUCCCAGGCUGCUUCCUGUGGUUCGUCAAGAUGGAUGGAAAGAGCUGUAUUGGUGGAUGCAAGAGGCACCAUCCGUGCAGUCGAAUUUGCCCCUCAUCAUUUUGGGUUGAAGUUGGCAACUGUCUCUUCCGAUAAUAACGUUCGCGUCUACGAGUGCUUGGAACAAUCAUCGCUAGCCACAUGGCAGCUUUCAGAGGAAGUCGAUGUCUCAACGCUCCCAUCUGUAUCACUAUCGUCGUCGUACUCUGUGGCGUUUGCGACACCCACACAAACGAGCGCCACUCUUGAGGGUGCAUCUGCAACCCUUGUCGCUCAAGCUUUGCAACAAUCGCAGAACCCAGCCCCUCAGGGACGACCCGGGAUGGGCAAUCGAGAAGCAGAUGGGGGGUGGUGCAUAUCAUGGUGUAAGGAUAGAUAUUGGGGGGAGAUCAUCGCGGCUGGUUGUGGGAUAUCUGGUGCCAUCAAAAUCAUACAACUAUCACCCUCUCGUCGACCUACGACUCUCCUCACUUUAGACCCAUCUCCUUCACCAGCGGGGUUGCCUGCUGAGGCAGGAACCUUACCUGCAGGCGACGGAGAUACUCCAACACCAUUUGCGAUUACGUCGGUGGCGUGGGCGCCCUCAUGUGGGCGAUCGUAUCACCUUAUAGCCACUGGAGGUCGUGAUGGACACGUCAGGAUAUGGCGAGUUAAGCCUGCAGAAGAAGAACCCGACAUCGAAGGAGAAGGCGGCGAUCCUAAAUGGUCGGCAGCAAUAGUAGCAGAUUUCGACCAUCACAAGUCGGCAGUUGGUCGUGUUGAGUGGAAUAUCACAGGGACCGUAUUGUCUUCCGCUGGGAACGAUGGUCGUGUACGAUUGUGGAAAGCAACCAUUGGUAAUGUCUGGAGACCUGCUGGGAGCAUUGGGGUCGAGCAAUCGGAAGAUGCUCAAGAUGCUGAUAUCAGGAUGGACGAAAAUGCAGUUGCUGAAUAGGUCGUUUGUAUAUAGUGCUCGGCAGGCUAUUGAUGCUCUUUUACUAAUCUUGCCCACCAUGAUAUUCCUUUCCGGUGAACGCAAGGUGAACGAACCAGGUGAUGAGUCCACACGGCAAGCCGCGCGGACCGAGUUGAAGCGUUCAUACACGCUCUAACUUCUCAUGAUGUUUUUGUAGUCCAAUUAGAUUUCAACAUUUCUCUGGCGUCCAGUUA